UUCAUUUUAAUGACAGACAUCCGGAGGACAACAUGCUUGUUCCCCCAGUGCACUUCAUCAUUUUCUUUCUCCUCUUCCAGCUCACAGGGCCAGUAACCUCUGGAGCUCUGAAGGAGCUAGUUGGUGACCUUGGUGGGUCUGUGACUUUCCCUCUGAAGCUCCCAGGAAUUCAGAUUGACAGCAUUGUCUGGAUCUUCAACACAACCCCCCUCAUCACCAUACAACCAAGAACGCCAGACAGACAAGCCAAUGUCAUAGUGACCCACAGUCAUAAUAAGAAAAGGGUGGAUUUCCUACAUGGAAACUACUCCCUGAAGCUCAGCAAACUGAAUAAGAGUGACUCGGGUGACUACCACGUGGUGAUAUACAGCUCUUCCUUCAAAGAGCCCUUCAUCCAGCGGUAUGGGCUGCGUGUCUAUGAGCACCUAUCAAAGCCCAAGGUUACCAUGGGUCUGCAGAACAAAGAGAAUGGCACCUGUGUGACUAAUUUGACCUGCUUCGUGGACCAGGGAGGAGAGGAUGUGACCUACAGCUGGGAGUCCCUGGGGCAGGCAGCCAAUGAGUCCUAUAAUGGCUCCAUCCUCCCCAUAUCCUGGAGGCUGGGGAAAGGGGGCAUGACCUUCAUCUGCGUGGCCAGGAACCCCAUCAGCAGCAAUUCUUCAAAUCCUGUCUUUGCCUGGAAGCUCUGUGAAGGUACUGCUGAUGACUCCGAAUCCUCCGUGGUCCUGUACUUCCUGGGAGCAUUGCUCUUCAUGCUCACUGCCUUUACCCUGGUGCCAGUUAUUCUGUUUAUGCGGAGAGAAAGAAGAAAAGAGUCCAUUGAAGAGAAGAAGGGAAUGGAUACUCAUCAGGAAAUUCUUAACUACUAUCCCCCUUCUGGAGAGACCCCAGUGUAUGACACAAUCAGUUGUGUUUAUAACUGUAUUCCAGAAGAAAAUUCUGCAAAUACACUUUAUUUCUCUGUGCAAAUACCCCCAAAGAUGGAGAAACCCCACUCUCCCCCCACAUCGCCAGACACACCAAAGUCAUUUGCCUAUGAGAACGUCAUCUAAACACCAAUACAUCCCUUCUGCCUCCCCGCAAAGGAAAAAAAAUCACUGAAUUGACCAGAAAUAUUGAGGAAGAAUGAAGAACACUGACUUCCUUCCAGAAUAACUCUCCUCUCUACUCCUUCAUAUUUGAGUUCCUAACGCCAUCGACUCCUGAGAAAUCUCCUCAAACCCCAUAUGUGUAACUAUCCCUUCCUGGAAAUGUUACUGUGAAUUUAUCAUGCAAUCCCAAGCAAGAGGCUUAGAAGUAUCUCUAUUGAAAUGUCAAUGCAUUGUCCAUCAUACGAAUGACAGCUCCCGUUCCAGGGCUUGGAGAUCAGGACUAGACCAAGAGUCUUGUGGCCAAAAGGGUGAGAACAUAGGAAUAGCAGACAUUCCCAGAAGAAGCAGGGGUAGCAACCAGAAAUGGAGUCAUUAACCAACUCAUUACCUAUGUGCCUGGCACUGUGCUGUGCUUACACUGAUUUUGGUCAGGUGUGCUCUCUGCUCUCAUGAAAUUAGUUCCUCGUGAAUGACUUCAGUGGGCAUUAGCAGCAGAUCUGACCACAAAUUCCCAAGAACAAGAGAGUCAGGUAUGGAUCCAUAGGACCUGGGAGCCAAAGUGUCCAAGGACAGAGAAGCCAUGUAGAAGAUGGGGUUUGGCUGGAUGGAUUCUCUGAAGUGUACCUGGCCCGAAGACAAGGACCAAUGGCCUCAGCUUUACUUACACUCUGCAGUGCAAGUGAGAAGCCAGGGCCUUAGGGCUUGUUCAGAAGCACAUCUCAAUAGAGAAACUCCACAUCUCAAUGGAGAUGUCACCUUUAGAAUAUAUUAUAAAAGACUUGGAGAUAGGGGUGAUUGUGUGUAAAUAUUUAAAGUCACAUAGUCUGUUCACCUAAUAUUUAUUGAAGAUCUCGGCCAGGUCAGUCUGGCAAA